GUGGAAACGAUUGAUCACAAACCCAGCCUCUGGGUGGAGCGAGCGAGAAUUGUUGCUGCCGGAGGCAAAGUAUGCGGGGGGCGCCGAGCACGGCUGGACGGAAACCUCGCCGUCAGCCGAAGUCUCGGGGAUUUCGAUUUCAAGGACAACGCCGGCCGUCCUGCGGCCGAACAGAAGGUGUCGUGCUUGCCUGACAUCUACGAGGUUUCUGGCUUGCCGGAAAGGACGCUGCUGCUGUUGGCCUGCGAUGGCCUUUGGGAUGCGAUCUCCAGCGAGGAAGCAGCACAAUUCGUUCGCGAGCGGCUUCGUUACGAUCCGCCCAUGGAGCUCGACGAGAUCGCACAGGAGCUCGUCAGCUACAGUUUGGAGGGAAAGACUGGUGACAACGUGACAGUGCGCCCGGAGUACUGUUGGUGCAGCUUGGCAGUCCGAUCGCCGAGGAUUCUUGGUCCGAGAAUUCGGCGGCAUAGGCUUUUCACCUUUUUGCGUCGCGGCGCAGGGCAGCUGAGAUUCUUGUGCUUGGAGUUCGCAGGGCAUGCCGGCAACUUGGCUCUUCAUUCCUCUACACACGUUGCCUCGACCCUACCUUGGCUCGAAAUCCGAAACCUUUACCACCAAUCCUGA